AUGGAGAUUGGUACCAGUGAAAAACAUGAAGCAGCGUGCUCUAUCCAAAGGGUAGGAGCAGUGGUGGGAAUCAAGUAUUAUGCAAGAUAUGAAUUUGAAAUGAUACAACACUUUAUCAAAACUGGAGAAAUCUUACAACUGCCUUUCUAUUUUUUCGUGUGGUUCCCAAAUAUAUCUAUAGAUUGGAGUUAUUUUUCGAUUUAUCUCCCAUCCCUCAUGAAACAACUCAUCGCCGCCCAACCCAAUCAAUUGGAAAAUCCACAUAUCUACCGCCUCUUUGGCCGGAUGAUUGACAGUUUGUAUCCAUAUUUCAAACACUUGAUUUCAAGCGUAUGCACAAUUUGCCAAACUCACAUGAUGUCAUCCAUGUUAAAGGUAAUAGUGGACAAGGAAGGAAUCAGUCAAAACUGCCGACUCGUAUUCGACCGGUUCGCACAAUCGUUGAUGGAUACAUCCUCUCAAUUAUCGGGACCAACAAGAUGGGAAUUAUUAUGUUACAACAAUGAACAACAACAAGACAAGGUAAAAGUAGUACUAGAUUAUUAUCCUAAAAUAGUCCCAUUAAUUCUAGUGAAUCAUCUCAUUAGUAAAAUCGAAAUCCUCGUGGACCGUCAACUGAUGUGUGAAGAGAAAACUUUUUGGAAUAUAAUCAAGAUACUCGUCGUAAAGAAGGAACAACAACAACAACAACAACAACAACAACAACAACAACAACAACAACAACAACUAUAUAAAAUACAUUUAGACAGGAUACACCAAAUAAUGAUCGAUGUUGUAAAUGAGGAGGGCUACACUAAAGCUAUUGAUCGUUUAUUGUGGUAUAUUAAGCGUGAUGAUGAAUAUAGCUAUCUGUCCAAUCUAUUCAUCACAAAAUUAAAUGACGGUACCGGUAGAAUUUGUUUAAAAAAUAAAUAA